AUGGCUACAGCUCAGAACCUCUCCUUCGUCCUUGAAGGCAUUCACAAGGUCAAGUAUGAAGACCGGCCAGUCCCCGAGUUGAAGAACCCCCACGAUGUGAUCAUCAACGUAAAGUACACCGGUAUUUGCGGUAGUGAUGUCCACUACUGGGAACAUGGCUCGAUCGGUUCAUUUGUCGUCAAAGAUCCCAUGGUCCUUGGACACGAAUCAGCAGGCAUCAUCAGCCAGGUCGGAUCAGCCGUCAAGAGCCUGAAGGUGGGCGACCGGGUCGCCAUGGAGCCCGGCAUUUCCUGCCGCCGCUGCGAGCCUUGCAAGGCUGGAAAGUACAACCUAUGCGAGGACAUGCGCUUCGCUGCGACCCCGCCCUAUGACGGUACUCUCGCCAAGUACUAUACUCUCCCAGAGGAUUUCUGCUACAAGCUCCCUGAGCACAUCUCUCUGCAGGAGGGUGCGCUCAUGGAGCCUCUCAGUGUUGCAGUGCACAUCGUGCGCCAGGCCGGCGUCAAUCCUGGCCAGUCGGUGGUUGUGUUCGGCGCCGGCCCCGUGGGUCUGCUGUGCUGCGCCGUGGCGACUGCAUUCGGUGCGUCCAAGGUCAUCGCCGUCGAUAUCCAACAGCAGCGUCUGGACUUCGCCAAGGACUAUGCCACGACCUCGACCUUCAUGCCCGGUAAGGUCGCGGCCACCGAGAAUGCCGAACGUCUGAGGCAAGAGAAUGGACUUGGCGCUGGUGCCGAUGUGGCAAUUGAUGCCUCGGGCGCUGAGGCUUCGGUACACACCGGCAUUCAUGUCCUGCGCAACGGAGGUACGUAUGUGCAGGGUGGCAUGGGCCGCAGCGAGAUCCAGUUCCCCAUCAUGGCGGCGUGCUCCAAGGAGCUCAACAUCAAGGGUAGCUUCCGCUACGGCAGCGGAGAUUACAAGCUCGCCGUUGGGCUUGUUUCAUCUGGCAAGGUUGAUGUCAAGAAGUUGAUCACCAGCACGGUCAAAUUCGAGCAGGCCGAAGAAGCCUUUAUUGGGGUCAAGGCUGGCAAGGGCAUCAAGACCUUGAUUGCUGGCAUUGAUGCGUAA